AACGACAACAAUAGUAACAUUCACUCACUACAUUCCUUCGCUUCUUGAUUCUCCGCUCACAGUGCUUCCCACUUGUAAUUGUUGGAAUUUCGACUCGGCCUGCACUUGAAAUCCAACUUGCCACUCGUUAUGCCACGAUGAUACUCCAAAUCCAGCGCCUCGGCCUGCUCGCCGCCCUUCUUGGGCUCGCUUUCGCUUCCCUCUGUGCAGCUGAGGCUGUCGACAUUCCGCCUGACGCUUCACUAUCGUCCCUGGUGGCCUCGGGCAAAGCUGCCCGCUCUCGAGGUGCCAACAGUGAAGCCCUAGCAUACUUCGAUGCCGCCGUGUCCAAAGACCCUUCAGACUAUAUCACUCGCUUCCAGCGUGGAGCGACAUACCUGUCCCUAGGGAGAAAUGCACAGGCAGGUAUCGAUUUCGAUGCUGUACUGAAGAUCAAACCGGGCUUCGAAGGGGCGUUGAUGCAGAGGGCGAAGAUAAGAGCAAGAAACGCAGAUUGGGCUGCUGCUAGAGAGGACUAUCUCGCACUAGGAAACAAGGCUGCGGAAGAUCUGACACAACUCGACGAGGCAGAAGGCGCAGCAUACCUGGCAUCUGAAGCGGAGAAGAAGCAAGAUUGGGAAGCAUGCAUCAAUCAAGCUGGCAUCGCGAUCAUGACCGCUGGGACAGCCUUGUCUCUACGUCAACUGCGAGCACGGUGUCGCUUUGAACGUGGCGAGGUACAGGAAGGCCUAAACGAUCUUGCCCACGUGCUCCAAAUCCACCCAGGUCUCGUUGAACCCCACCUCCAGAUCUCAGCCAUGAUGUUCUACAGCUUGGGGGACACGGAACGCGGUUUGACACAAGUGAAGAAAUGCUUGCACUCCGAUCCAGAUUCGAAACCAUGCAAGUCUCUGUUUCGAGAGGAGAAGGCCAUAUUGAAAGAGAUAGAGAACGUCAAGAAGCUCGUGGAGAAGCGCCAAUUCAACUCGGCAAGUAAGUUGCUUGUGGGCAAAGACACCGAGGACGAGCCUGGGCUAUUGUCAGAAUUGAAGACCAAUAUCGACGCGCUGCGCUCAAGCGGCAUCAUCCACCCUAAGGCUCCGUCCGAGCUCUACACUAUGCACCUGGAAAAGACAUGCGAAGCGUACCUAUCACUGAACAAUAUGAACAAAGCCGGGAAAUAUUGCUCCGAUGUACUUUCCUCGAAUCCCACUUCACUUCAAGGUCUCCUCUAUCAGGCCCAAAAGCAUAUGGAGAACGAAAACUACGACGCAGCAAUAGCCUCACUUAGCACAGCCAAGGACAAUCAUCCAGACGCUCAGAGCACGAUCAACCAGAAACUUCAGGAUGCUCAGCUAGCCCUCAAACGCAGCAAGAUAAAAGACUACUACAAAGUCCUCGGAGUGUCUCGAGACGCGGACGAACGAACAAUCAAAAAGGCUUAUCGCACGGCGACCAAGACCUAUCAUCCCGACAAGGCGGCCGCAAAAGGCGUACCAAAAGAGGACGCGGAGAAGAAAAUGGCCUCCAUCAACGAAGCAUACGAAGUCCUCAGUGAUCCCGAGUUGAAAGCCAGGUUUGACAGAGGCGAUGAUCCAAACGACCCGCAUGCAAACCAAGGCGGGCAGCCCUUCCAGGGAAGUCCAUUCGGCCAAGGCGGACAACAAUUCGUCUUCCAACAAGGUGGUCAGGCUGGUGGUCAGAGACAAUUCAAAUUCUCGACUGGUGGCGGAGGUGCAGGGGGCUUCCCCUUUGGAGGCUUCCCCGGUUUUGGAUGAAGAUGGCUAGUUUGGCUCGUUUUUAGAGCCUCGCACCAAUCACCCUCGUGACAUUUCCACUAAUGCGUACCCCCUGUCGCACCAUCGCCGGCUGGCUCACGGGAUCAGCAUCACAUUCAUCACAGUGCCUGGUCUCUGCUCAUGCAGGCACUUUGGUUCUUUCAUCA